AAACCCCCUUGCAUCAACUUCUUCAUCGAGAGGUCUCCUCUCCCCAAUUUUCAUCAUGGAAGACAGUCACUUCCGUCACAGUGCCUCGCACCAUCCUUCUCCCUUCAACCGGCCGACGCAGCUGGCAAUGCUCUCCUAUGAUGAAGCCGCCUCGACGGCCCUCGAGCCGCAGACGACGCAGCACCGGUCCAGCAGCACCACCGACGAAGAAAGCCAGCCCCCUCCGCGAUACACUCGCGAGAAUGACCCCUUCCAGCUCGCCUCGAAGCUCAAGAGCCCCGAAGAGAUCCGCCAGAUGCACCCGCAGAGCCACCACGCCGCGGCCAACACGUCCCGCAAGCGCGACCGUCGAUGCACCACCCGGAACCCGAAGACCGUGCUCACCGACGCCAUCACCUCCAAACAACUGCAGGGAUUCUACGAGGCGCAGAACGAGAACAUCAAGCUGAUGCUGAAGCCGGUGGAGGAGCAUGUCCGGGCCGCCCGCGAGGUCAACGCCAACAACCAGCUGAAGUACAAGAUCGCCGUUUACGGCUCCUUCGCGGCCAACAUCGUGCUGUCGGUGCUGCAGCUCUACGGGGCCAUCGCGUCGGGGUCACUGUCGCUGUUCACGACGAUGGCGGACGCCGUCUUCGACCCCCUGUCCAACCUGACGCUGCUGCUGUGCAACAAGGCCGUCAACCGCGUGGACCCGCGCAAGUUCCCCGCCGGCAAGGCCCGCAUCGAGACGGCGGGCAACAUCUGCUUCUGCUUCCUGAUGACGGCCGUCUCGUUCAUCCUAGUUGCCUUUUCGGCCCGCCAGCUGUCCGUCGGCUCCGAUAACGAGACGGGCGACUUUCACCUUCCGUCCGUGAUCGCCGUCGCGGUGGCCUUCUGCACCAAGUUCGUGCUGUUCGCUUACUGCUUCGCGCUGCGCCACCAGGUGUCGCAGAUCCGGAUCCUGUGGGAGGACCACCGCAAUGACCUGCUCAUCAACGGGUUCGGUAUCUUGACGUCCGUGGGCGGGAGCAAGCUGCGUUGGUGGAUCGAUCCGAUGGGCGCGAUCAUCCUGUCGGUGCUGAUCAGCGUGCUGUGGCUGCAUACGGCGUACCAUGAAUUCCAGUUGCUGAUUGGCGUGACGGCCGAUACGAAGAUGCAGCAGCUGAUCACCUAUAUCUCGAUGACCCACUCCCCCCUCAUCACCGCCAUCGACACCGUCCGGGCGUACACGUCCGGCCCGCGGCUUCUCGUAGAGGUAGACAUCGUCAUGGACGCCAACGACAGCCUGCGUGGGACGCACGACGUUGCGGAGGAGCUGCAGAUCAAGCUCGAAUCGCUUCCGGACGUGGAGCGGGCGUACGUGCAUGUGGACUACGAGACGACGCACAAGCCGGAGCAUUUUCUCAAGAAGGAACUCUAGAUCAACUCUGCGUGUGGAUUGACGAUCAGUAUACGACGUACAGAUAGACUUAAUCAAAUCUUUACUCCCCUCAAUCAGGAACCGCCAGGGCAGAAUUAGAGUCUGGACGAGUGACAGGCAAGGCUAAACCGCAAACGGCGAUCGGCCCGAUCGGGACUCCCUCCGAUUUGCGGAGUCAGAGAUUUUGCAGCCACAUGCCGGGAUUAUCUGCAGGAUUGUUCUUGGCUGUCUAUCUAUAUCAAUAAUUUCAGUUAUCGAGCAAUUGGGGUUCUUGAGUGUUCAAGAGGCUUGCCGG